GCCGAGACCCCCCUGCCCCCCGUCCCAUGACCUUCCUCAAUCACUAGUCUUUUCUGAGUGCCCCUGCGUGACGAGCCCCGUACUGAACGCUGGGGAAAAAUGACAGAUUCCCUGUUUUCAAGCAACUCACAACCUAAUAUGGGGAGGGCAGAGGGAAGAUAGACAGACAGAUACACACACACAAUCCAUUUACCCACACUUGGAGGAGGAGGGGAGAACCUACGCUCUCCUUGUUGGAUUUCACUGUCAGCAGCGCCAUUUUGUGUAGGAAGGACAAGGGCAAUCCAAGUAUAUUGGUGGAACGUGUCCAAAAAACCAUUCGUAACUACUCUCCUUCCACCCCAGCGGAAUGCGCGUCCAUCUACAUGAGCGGUGGCCGAAAGACGGGUGUCUACAGUGUCUGGCCCUCGCCGGGAGGGCAGCCCAUCACUGUCCUCUGUGAGAUGGACACUGAAGGUGGUGGCUGGACAGUGAUCCAGCGGCGGCAGAACGGGUCUGUGAACUUCAGCCGGACUUGGGGCGAGUACCGGGACGGCUUUGGGAGUCCACAGCAUGAGUUCUGGCUCGGAAACCACCACAUUCACCGGCUGACCAGCCGUGACCACUACGUGCUCCGCAUCAACCUGGAAGAUUGGGACGGCCAGCACAAACACGCUUUCUACCAGUGCUUCAGCAUCGAGGAUGAGGCCAACGACUUCCGCUUGCACGUGGCCGGCUUUAGCGGCACCAUCCAGGAUGCGUUGGCCUGGUACCAUGACAAACGUGGUUUCAGCACGCCUGGCUCAGGCAGCCUCUGUGCCGACCUCGCCCGCGGUGGCUGGUGGUAUCACCGAUGCUUCUUCUCCAACCUGAACGGCGUCUACUACAAGGGCGGUCAUUAUACAGCUCAGAGCCAGGGAGGGCUGGGUCCUGACGGCAUCGUGUGGUUCCCGUGGAAGAACACAGACUACUACUCCCUGAAGAAGACCACCAUGAUGAUCCGGCCCCGGGCCUUCCGGCCUCACUUCUCCCUGUGACAGGGCCCCAGUUCCAUCCCCGACUCCAGGCUUCAGACCCCAACCUCAGCCCUCCGCUUCCAGCCUCAGACCUCAGCCCAUAGCCUCAGCCACAGCGCUCAGCCUCCAGCUCUGGCCUCCGCCCUCAACCUUCAGCCUCAACUUCAGCCUCAGCUGUCAGCCCCAGGUCUGCUCCAGCCCCAGCCCCUGUCCCAUUCUCAGUCCCUCAGCCCCCAGCCUCAUCCCGGGCACCCCCCACCCCCCGUUGGAUGUUGGCCGAUGAGAACCAAGCUGGUCCAGGCCUUGGCCCAGAGCCUCCGUUCCUCUGGCUGACCCACAUCCUCUCCUUGGACACUGCCCCACCAGGGUCCCUGGAGGGGCUGGAUGGGGCAGCGCAGCAGUGUUGGCUCUGUGGCAAGGGCACCAGCACAAUGGAGAAUACCAGUGGGGGCAGAGCCAGUGACUCCUGGUGGAGCCAACAGGGACAGUACAGUAGAACUAGUGUACAUGACCUCUGUCCUGGAAGAGUUUACAAUCUAGCGGGGGAAACAGAAACAAAAAUAACCUAUAGUUCAGAGGAAGAAGGAAAGUGGAUACUUGGGAGAGUGUUUCAGUAUGGGGGUAGGCCAAAGUGCUAUAGGAGGCUGUAAGUUCAUAAGUGUGUGGUCGGCAUAAAGUUCUGCGGGGGUCCCUGUGGUAGUAAAUCUGGGUCAGGGGAGAAAUGAUCCAGGGAAGGCCUCCUGGAGGAGGUGGGUUUUGAGGUUAGGUGGAGCUGUGAUCUGGUGGUUUUGAAGGGGAAGAAUGUGAACAAGAGGUCAAAGGUAGGAGAGAUGAGAUGGAGCUACUGUGAGCAAUUUGGAUUAAGAGAAGUAAAGUGUGUGAGCUGGGGCUUAAUGAGAGAAGAGAGUGGUUAAGUAGGAGGGAGGGAGCUGACUGAGCCAGUGGUCAGGAUG